UUUUCUUGAACAAAAUAAAUCAAAUCCCAUUAAUUUCUCUGUAUAAUUUCCUCUCUUUCUCUCUCUAUCUUCCCUAAAUUGAUGCACAGAUUACACAGUCGCCAUUAAAGUAUAAUCAAGACCAAAUCCUCAUCUGGGUUCAUUAUUUCGGAUCCAAUUUCGACUCAACAAGUCCCCUUUUCACUCUUGAUUUCAUUUGUUUGUUCAUCUUUCAGAUCUGCCCUCUUGAAUUUGACCAGUUUAGAGAGCGUUUGCAUCCUUCUUCGGGACAAUGAAGAAGGCGUUUGAUCAAACCGUCAGGGACCUUAAACGAGGGGUUAACAAGAAAGUUCUUAAAGUUCCUUCAAUCGAACAAAAGGUUCUUGAUGCUACAAGUAAUGAGUUGUGGGGCCCCCACGGAUCGCUUCUUGCUGAUAUUGCGAUGGCUUCAAGAAACUAUCAUGAAUACCAAAUGAUCAUGUCAAUUAUUUGGAAGCGUAUGAAUGAUACCGGCAAAAAUUGGCGUCACGUGUACAAGGGGUUGACUGUUCUUGAAUACCUUGUAGCAAACGGGUCGGAGCGUGUCAUAGAUGAGAUUAGGGAACAUUCGUACCAGAUAACGUCUCUGUCAAGUUUUCAGUAUCUUGAUCAUAACGGUCGGGAUCAAGGGAACAAUGUACGGAGGAAGUCGCAAAGUCUUGUGGCUCUCGUGAAUGAUAAAGAAAAAAUACAGGAAGUUCGGGAGAAGGCCGCUGCCAACUGGGACAAGUUUCACAACUCAUCAGGAAGCGGGAAGUACAGGCCCGGAUCGUAUCCGGGUCCGGGAGGUUACGAUGAUAACCGAUACGGAACUAAUGAAGACCGGAAUGGGUACGGGAGAGAAAGUGACGGUGGAUAUCGUUAUGGUGAAGAACGUUACAGUCGAGAUCAAUAUAGGGAUGAUGAAUACCGAGGUAGAAGAAGUGUUGACGGAGACAGCUAUAGCCGAAGAAGUAGAAGCUCCGAUAGGGACAGAGAACGAGCUUAUGAAGAUGACGGACCAUAUUCUUCUAGAGAAAGCAACGCGAAAGGUGAGGAUCAAUCUCAUGAUGGAAGGCAGUUUGAGCAAAAAUCUCCUGAACAAAAUCUCGGGGUCCCUCCUAGUUAUGAAGAUGCUGUGGCUGGUAACCGAAGCCCCGUUGAGAGGAACGGAGAGACGAAAUCUGUAUCCCCGCCGCCUGUAACCACCACUCAUGAAACCACUGUUUCUAGCACCCCGCCGGUUGCUCCCGUUGUUGCUCCAUCGCCAGUAGCUGCUACACCUCCACCUGCAGUCACCCCAAAUAAUGAAACUAAUGGGUUUGAUGAAUUUGAUCCCCGUGGUUCAUUCGGUUCAUUUCCAGCGGCCCCACCAACAUCCGGUGGUACUGAAACGGAUCUGUUUGGUACCUCAUCGGACCCUUUCUCGUUGAAUUCAUUAGCUCUUGUUCCUGCUACAAUUCCCGCUUCUGAAGUUAAUGCUUUUACAAAUUCAAACCCGACUGGUCAAAGUCAAACCUUUGUGGCUUCAUCUUCGGCCAGUGGCCCUGGUCAGCCGUAUGAUAAUCCGUUUGGUGAUGGUCCGUUUAAAGCUGUCCCUUCGACCGAUGGAUUUUCAGCCCCACCCCAGUCAACAUCAAACGUUGACCCGCCACAACCAGCUGCUCCGAUGCCAAACUCCGUCGGUAACUUUGGAUACGGGGGCGGGUUUGACCAAAAUAUUGAUCUUCUAGCAGAUCUCCUGCCACCAUCCGGACCUUCACAAGCAGGUUUCCAAGGUCAACCUGGUCAACCUUCAUUUCAAACGGGUCAACCUACACCGAACCAAGAAAGUCAACCACCGCCACAGCAGGGCUUUCCACCUCAAGGUGGUCAGUUUACGUCACAGCCUGGUUUUCCGCCCCAUGGUGGUCAAAGUCAAACGACGGGUCUUGGUGGUUUUCCGUCUCAAAUGGGCUCUGGUUAUCCAGGCUCCAAUGGUCAGCCUGUUCCUCAGAGUAAUUUUUACGGGGGUUUUGAGCCUCAUGGUUCAUCGUCCCCGGUUCCACCGGUGGCUCAGGUUACUGCCACUUCAAGUUUUUAUCAACCGCCACCACCGGUUCAGUCUGGAUCUGCCCUAAAUGCUUCAACAGGAGCUCUUGCUAUAGUCCCUCAAGAACCAACCAAAUUCGAGACGAAAUCCACUGUUUGGGCUGAUACGUUGAACCGCGGGCUCGUUAACCUGAAUAUAGCUGGAUCUAAAACAAACCCAUUGUCGGAUAUUGGAGUAGACUUUGAAGCGCUGAACAGGAAGGAUAAAAGAAUGGAGAAACCAAGUGCAACCGCGGUUACGUCAACUACAACCAUGGGUAAAGCCAUGGGUUCGGGUUCUGGAAUCGGACGUGCGGGUGCAGGUGCACUCAGACCCCAACCGAACCCCAUGAUGGGUCCCAGCAUGGCUGCACCAGGUUAUGGAGGCAUGAACCAGCCCAUGGGCCAGUUCCAAAUGCAACCACCGUCAGCAGGGUAUCUAGCGCCUGGAACUUACAAUCCGAUGAUGGGUCGUGGCGGUGGUGGUUAUGGUCAACAGCCGUAUGGUGGUUAUAGAUAAAUUGAAGAGGAUCUUUUCAACCGGAUGGGAAAGAUGCAAUCGUUUUGUUUGAUGAAGAAGUUGUUCACGUUAUGUAUGAUUGUAUCGUGUAAUAUGCAUAUGGUUUUGAUAUGUUGUAGGUAUUGUGAAGUUUGUAUAUGAAGAGGACAUAACCAAACUCAGGUUGCCUCAUAGAACGGUUUUUUGUCGUAUUGAUUGUUGAAGCCAAUAAAUAUAUUUCUAUUUCAGCUUA